UUUCCACCAAAGAUAGAAUAAGAAGAAAAAAGGAUCUUUGUAUUUAGGCCCAUCAAGAACCUACCCUCCCUGUUUUUUCAAUUUCCAGCUCAAUUGAAUCCCAAACUCUCUCUCUCUCUCUCUCUCUCUCUCUGGUGUUUGUUUGCAGAGAGGGAGAGGGAAACUGUGCUAAUCCCAGUUCUCUUAAUUGAUUGGUGAGAGAGAAUUUUGUGAGAGGUAGAGAAAACAAUAAUAAGAAGUGGGGUUGGAGUAGGGAGUGAUAAAAUGGUGAUGUGGGUAUUUGGGUAUGGGUCUCUGAUUUGGAAGGCAGGGUUUCACUAUGACGAUCGCCUCGUCGGCUGCAUCAAAGGCUAUCGCCGCGUCUUCUACCAGGGGAGUACUGACCAUAGAGGGACUCCGGAUUACCCGGGAAGAGUAGUGACAAUGGAGCGUGCACAGGGAGAAGUGUGUUGGGGAGUUGCUUACAAGAUAUCAGGGACAGAAGACGAACAGAUUGCUUUAACGUAUCUAGAAGUGAGAGAGAAGCAAUAUGACACGAAGGCUUAUGUUGAUUUCUUCACUGACCCAAUGGCUUUGACCCCAGCUGUUUCCGAUGUUAUGGUAUAUAUAGCAUCUUCAGACAGAAAGCUCAACCCAAACUACCUUGGCCCUGCAUCACUUGAAGAAAUUGCCAAACAAAUUAUACUUGCAGAAGGCCCCUCAGGACCCAACAGGGACUACCUUUUCCAACUUGAAAAGGCCCUCAUUCAAUUUGGAUUUGAGGAUAAGCAUGUAAUGGAUAUCGCGAAUGAAGUAAGGCGCCUACUUUCAGAGGCGGGUUAUUUGUUCGUGACACACGAGGCAUGAGAGUCUUGCCAACUCCAGCGUUCCUUAUCAUUCUAUGUUUGGAAAGUGCUAAUGGUUAGAAAAUAUUGUUGGGACUCGGAUUUGUGAACCUUGGGGUCAUGUAUGGACUCCCAAUUCCCAUACAUUUUUGUUUUUAUUUUUUUGAACGGCACCCUAUUCCCAUACAUUAUGUCGCAUGAUAUUUUAUCUCUCUUAAUGAGUUGAGAAAUUCUUGGUUUAUUA